UUUCCCUUCCAUUGUCAAAUACUAAUCCACAACAACUAACUUCAUAAAGCAAGUACUACGCAUAGCAACAAAUCCAAAAUGAAGCCAACAAUUUUAUUAAUCUUCUUAAUGUUCUUGCUCUUUCCCUUUGCAUUUGGUGAUCUCAAAGUUGGAUUUUAUAGCUCUAGCUGCCCAAGAGCAGAGUUGAUUGUACGUCAAGUUGUUGAGAGAAGUUUUAAUCAAGAUAGAUCCAUGACUGCUGCCUUGCUCCGUAUGCACUUCCAUGAUUGCUUUGUCAGAGGGUGUGACGCAUCCAUAUUAAUAGACUCAAAGAAGGGCAAUGAAUCAGAGAAAGCAGCAAGAGCAAACCUUACUGUAAGAGGAUAUAACCUCAUAGAUGAAAUCAAAAGAAUCCUAGAAAAUGCAUGUCCAUCAACAGUUUCAUGUGCAGACAUAAUAUCAUUAGCAACAAGAGAUUCUGUUGUCUUAGCAGGUGGACCAAGUUACAAUGUUCCUACAGGAAGACGUGAUGGAUUAGUAUCAACUGUUAAUGAUGUACAUCUUCCAGGGCCAGAAUCCUCAAUUUCUCAAACAUUACAAGCUUUUAAAUCCAAAGGUAUGACAUUGGAAGAAAUGGUUACACUUUUAGGAGCACACACUGUUGGAUUUGCUCAUUGUAGUUUCAUUGGAAAAAGACUUGGUAGUAAUGAUAGUUCAAUGGACCCUAAUUUAAGAAAAAGGUUGGUUCAAUGGUGUGGUGUUGAAGGUAAGGAUCCAUUAGUGUUUUUGGAUCAAAACACUUCUUUUGUUUUUGAUCAUCAAUUUUAUAAUCAGAUUUUGUUGGGGAGAGGUGUGUUAACAAUUGACCAGAAUUUGGCUCUAGAUUCCAUUUCCAAAGGGGUUGUCACAGGUUUUGCAAGAAAUGGUGAGAAUUUUAGGGAGAGAUUUGUUGAUGCAGUGGUUAAAUUGGGAAAUGUUGAUGUUUUGGUUGGUAAUCAAGGAGAGAUUAGGAAGAACUGCAGAGUUUUUAAUUCUUAGUAGUUCAAUUGGGAAGAUUUGUAUUGCAAUAUAUGCAAUAUAAAUAUAAAUAAUCAUAUAUAUAGAAGAUUGCUUAUAUGUAUGAUUGAUUAUAACUUACAUUAGCUUAUUGUAGAUCUCAUUUAUCGAUCUUGUAUACAACUAUCCAAGUUCAAUAUCCAAAAAAAAUUAUUAUAUUAUA